AUGCCUCCGCCGCCGCACCAGAAGCCCGAGAAUGUUCUCAAGCGGGCACACGAACUCAUGGGGGUCGGCCAGGCCCCCGCGGCCUUGACCCUGCUGCACGAGCACAUCACCAACAAGCGAUCUCGAAAUGUCCCCAUCGCGUCCCUGGAGCCCGUGAUGCUCCUCCUCGUCGAGCUGUCCGUCGAGCAGAAGAAGGGAAAGCUUGCCAAGGACGCCCUCUACCAGUACAAGAACAUCUCCCAGAACACAAACAUUGCCACCAUCGAGUUGGUUUUGAAAAAGUUCAUCGAGCUCGCCGUCGAGAAGGUCACCGCCGCUCAGCAGAAGGCCGACGAGGUCCAAGAGAGCAUCGAGGCUACUGCCGCCACCUCCAGCGUCGACGAUCUUGAGGCCAGCGAGACCCCCGAGUCCAUUCUUCUCGCCACUGUCUCCGGUGAGCAGUCUCGGGAUCGUACCGACCGUGCCAUCGUCACCCCCUGGCUCAAGUUCCUCUGGGAGGCCUACCGAACCGUCCUCGAUAUCCUCCGAAACAAUGCUCGUCUCGAGGUCCUCUACCAGAGCACUGCCCUGCAGGCCUUCGACUUCUGUCUCAAGUACACCCGAAAGACCGAGUUCCGAAGACUCUGCGAGCUCCUCCGCAACCAUGUCCAGACUGCCGCCAAGUACUCCUCUCAGAUGCACGCCAUCAACUUGAGCGACCCCGAUACCCUGCAGCGACACUUGGAGACUCGUUUCCAGCAGCUCAACGUCGCCGUCGAGCUGGAGCUGUGGCAGGAGGCCUUCCGCAGUGUUGAGGACAUCCACACCCUGCUCAACCUCAGCAAGCGCCCCCCCAAGAACAUCAUGAUGGCCAACUACUAUGAGAAGCUCACUCGAAUUUUCCUCGUCGGCGAGAACUACCUCUUCCACGCCGCUGCUUGGUCGCGAUACUACACCCUCCUCCGCCAGUCCUCCGUCCUGGUUGCCAGCGGUCAGGGCAAGAAGGCCGACAACCCCCCGGCCUCUGAGGCCGAUCUCCAGAAGGCCGCUUCCUUCGUCUUGCUGUCAGCUCUUGCUAUUCCCGUUAUCAGCACCUCGCGAUCCCGCGGUGCCAUGGUCGACUUUGAUGAGGCCAGAAAGAACAAGAACUCGCGCUUGACACACCUUCUCGGCAUGAACCAGGCCCCUACCCGUGCCCGUCUUUUCCGCGAUGCGCUGUCCAAAUCCCUUCUUCAGCGCGCCCGCCCUGAGAUCCGGGAUCUGUACAACAUUCUUGAGGUGGACUUCCACCCCUUGUCCAUCUGCCAGAAGAUCUCCCCCAUUCUUACCAAGAUCGGCGCCGACGAGGAGAUGGAGAAGUACAUUCUUCCUCUGCAGCAGGUCAUCCUGACCCGUCUGUUCCAGCAGCUCUCCCAGGUCUACGAAACCGUCGACCUUACCUUCGUGGAGAGCCUCGCCCAGUUCCCCGAGCCCUUCCAGGUCACCCGCGGAACCAUUGAGAAGUUCAUCAUGAACGGAAACAAGAAGGGUGACCUCGCCAUCCGCAUGGACCAUGCCACCGGCGUUCUCAGCUUCGACAAUGACGUCUUCUCUUCUUCCAAGGCAAGCCACAGUGGUUCCGGUGCUGGUUCCGCCGAAGCUGAGGCCGGCAGCGUCCAGCGACUCCAGAGCACUCCUUCGGAGAUUGUACGCUCCCAGCUCACCCGUCUUGCCAAGUCCCUGUUCACCACCUGCCACUAUAUCGACCCCAGCUUGAACAAGGAGCGCCUUGACGCUCGCAACGCGGCUUUGGCCCGUGCCAAGGCUGGUGCCGAGCAGGAGCAUCUGGAGAUUCUUGGCCGCAAGGAAGUUAUUCAGAAGCGCAAGGACGAGGCUUCCGAGAUCCAGGCCCGCAAGGAGAAGGAGAAUGCUCGCCAAAAGCGACUCCGCGAGCAGGCUCUCCAAGAGGCCGAAGAUAAGCGACUGGCUGACGAGCAAAAGGAGCGUGAGGCCAGACGCCUCAAGGCUGACCAAGACCGCGUCCGCAAGGAGGAGCUCAAGAAGCAGAUUGCCGACCUGAACAUGAGCGACAAGGCUCUUGACAUCAACAUGGAUGACCUUGACAAUCUGGACAGCAACCGUCUGCGUGCCAUGAAGCUGGCCCAGUUGGAGCGUGAGAAAAACGAUGUCAAUGAGCGUCUCCGCAUCACUGGCAGACGCCAGGAUCAUCUGGAGCGUGCCUACCGUAAGGAGGAGGGCAAGAAGCUCCACGAGGAUUAUGCCAAGCAGAGCGAGCAGGAUCGUGCCAUUUACGACACUGUCAAGGCCAAGACGCUCAAGGAUGCUGAGCAGAAGCACAAGGAGAGCGUUGAGCUCAAGCACCGUCUCAGCCGUCUGGUGCCUCUGUACGAGGCUUUCCGAGACUCUCUGCAUGAGCGCCGCCGUGACGAGUUUGAGAAGCGCCGCCGCGAUGCGGAGCGCGAGUUGGAGAAGCAGAUUGCUCUGCGAAAGAAGGAGGUGCGCGACCGACGUCUCCGGGAGAAGCGGGAGCGCGAGGAGAGGGAGCGCGAGCUCCAGGAGGCCGAGGAGCGUGCUGCUCGCGAGAAGGAGGAGCAGCGCAUCCGGGACGAGGCCCGCAGGGAGGAGCUAGCCAAGCUCAAGGAGCAGCGAGAGAAGGAUCGCCAAGAACUUCUGGAGAAGGCAGCUCUCCAGCAGCGACGCGAGGAGGAGGCUCUGGCCCGUCGCAAGGCCGAGAAGGAACGGGGCGGUGCUGGCUCUCCCUUCAGCAGAGGCGCUCCGGCCGAGGGCUCGGAGGCCCGGAGACCACCGACCAUCGGCUCUGGCAAGUGGCGCGAUCGCGAGCGAGAGGCAUCCGAUGCGCCGCCACCCGCUCGCACCGGCCCAUCAAUGGAGAGAACCGACUCCAACGACCGGCCGGCGGCUGGUGGUCCCCCACGACUGGCGCUUGCUGGCGGCAAGCCCAGCUGGCGUGAUCGCGAAGCGGCCAAGGCAGCCAGCGGCGCCAGCGGCGCCAGCGACGCCAGCGCACCCGACACCGGCAGCAGAGACGCUCCUCCUCCUCGCACCUUCGGCUCUCGGGCCGCAGCGUCGGAGCGCCCAGCUCCCCCCCGUGGUGAUGUUGACCGUAAGGAGUCGCCUGCUCCCCCCGCGGAUUCUCUGCCCCCGUCGCGAACGGCUGGCAAGUGGGUUCCCCCUCAUUUGAGGAACAAGGCCUAAGUGGAGGGUAAGGCGCGCAGCGCAGACGGACACAUAUUGUUGCGAUUCGCACCGGCGUUUAGGGAUCGGAUGGUUACACCGGGCGAUGGUUGUACUCUAGAGCUCGGUCUAAUCUCCGUCGAUCUGAGGGUAUGAGCACACCACAAUGGAGAGAAAAGU